CCCCCACACAGGGCAUCAGUGGUUGAGAACAACAAGAUCGGUGCACUGAUUGACGAGAUGUUGCGCAAUGGCAUCAUAGCCCCUUCACACUCGCCUUGGAGUCCCCCUGUUGUCAUCGUCAUGAAGAAGAAUGGCUCACCCUGGUUCUGCGUGGACUACAGGCGCCUCAACAGCAUUACU